GAUUUUUAGUCCUAUUUUCUUUUCCUGUUGAAUUUGUAGAUCCUGACACCUACAUUCUGAAUGUAAGUUCAGUUCUAAUUGAUAAUUGGAAUGUGUGUAUUUACCUAGACAAACGGAUGAAUAUAUUCAAAUCUCAUUUUAUUACUGAACUUGAGUUAUUAGCGUAGUUUUGUUACAGAAUUCGAUAUCUAUAAUAAUUACUAUUUGAACAUACAAGUAGCAAGAAGGAUCAUGUCAGUGCAAGUGAUACAGACAAGCCUGAAAAUGAUGAUGGACAUUUUCCAUUUUUCUUUGUUUCUAUUUUCUUGUAAUGACAUUCCAUAGUCUUGAAGUUUUCUCUCCAUUUUAAGUACUGAAUUGUAGGUGGCAGCAACACAUUCAUGAAUCGAGGAUGUAUUGUGCUGAGUCUUUGAUUUCUUUUGAAUCUCCUUUUCUGAAUCUAAAAAGCAUUUUAAUGAAUCUGGUUUGAAUCGAUACAAUGAAUCUUUGUUUAAUUUAUUACUUGAUUCAUCCCAAUAUAAAAGAAGUAGUAUUACUUGAUUUCAAACAAUUAAUCGAAACAAUUAUGGUUGCCGGAGAAUAAAAGAAAGUAGUACUAACUGAUUACUCACUGAUUUCCCUUUCAUUCCUACUAAUUACUCUCUUCGUGAUGCUGCAUCUAGGACCAGUGUGCACCCAACAUGUAUUGUGUUUGGAUCUACAGGUGCUGUGUGAAAUUGACUAUUUUACCUUGAUUAUCUUGCAUGAAACCAUAACCUGCAUUUUGUGAAAUUAACUUGCUGGUAAUCUCUAAAUGUCAAUGUUAGGAUGAGCCCUUCAGAGUUCAUUAUACCAUAUGAUCCAUAAUGGAGUCAGUAAAAGAACAAUUAUUUUAUUUGGGGUGAGAUUCAGGAUGAGGUUUGAAGGGGAAGAGGCACUAGAGCGGAGGUUUACUGGUACAAUAGUUCGCUGUGAAAAUCUUGACCCACUAUGGCCUGAUUCCAGUUGGAGAUACUUGAAGAAUUGUAAGCUGAAAAAUAAUCUUGCCCUACUAGGUUUCGGUUGGCCAUUCUUUCAAAGUCAACUUAACUGUGAAAUAUGGACAGUCAAUGGACAUUGACCCGGAAUUCAGAUUCUAGGAGAACAUUGGUUGCCAUAUGCCAGUUAGUUUGAUCCAGUUUCCAACCCUUCUCCUUGACUUGAGAAGUAAACAUGCCUGAGUCAAUUGUCACUGUGCUCGAGAGAAGUGAUGAAGUGUGAACUUGAUCAAAGCUGAGUAUAUGAUAUGUCACUGUGUUAUUGUUGUAUUUAUGUCUCUUAGUAGCAUGUCCUGCCUGCUUGUAUUGGAAGUUGGCUAACUUUAGCUUGCAGGCUUUGUCCUCGACCACGAGUAAUGUAUCUAUGGAAGCCAAAACUGUUGGAACUCUCAGUACUUGGAACCUUUGGAAGCAAUAAUUCAAUCAUGUUAAAUUCUUCCUAUCUUGAUAUAAAUAAUGUUGCAUGU